AUGAUAACCUAUUUGCUCAGGAUAAUCUCAGUGUCCUUCAUACUUAAUCUGGGACUAUCCGAAACCGUUAUUCGGGAAUUGAACAUUUCAAGGGCCUCAUCAGAAAUCGGAGAGCACCUAAUAUCAUUGAAUGGUGACAUUUCCUCACUAAGCUCAACUAUUCGUGUGCAAGCCGGAGACAAUGUCAACCUACUAGUUAAUAAUGACCUUUGUGUUGGUCACACAGACUGGCAGCUGUACGGAGAAGAAGGUUGUAGCACUUCCAUACAUUUCCAUGGGCUUGUCUUAGACAAUGUUGGAGGCACGUUAGGAGCCUUAAAUGAUGGAGUUCCAGGCAUCACUCAGCGCAGCAUUCCCUCUAAUAUGUCAUACUGGUACAACUUUACAGUACCUAAAACGUUACAAGGCGGCACAUAUUGGUAUCAUGCACACUCUUCGGUCCAGUAUGGAGACGGGCUUCGCGGGGUCCUUUUGGUUGACUCUCCUGUAAGGCACAGCUAUUUACAACGUGUUGUAGCUAAACUUGAGGCGGAUGGUACCGAUGGAGAUCUGCUGGGAGACUUGCCGCUUGCAGGAUCAGAGACCCCAAUUCAUGAGGAAAUUCUUACUGUGUCUGACUGGUACAAAAAAUCCAGUGUCGAUAUUUUGAAGGAUGUCAUGAGUCCCGAAGGGGGCCCAGAUCCCCAUGUCGAUGGCUCGACUUUGAACGGCGAGCUAGGAUCCGUAAAGCUUGAAGUUAAAGAAAAUACUGAGUAUGUGGCACUUAGGGUGAUAAAUGUAGGGACGAGCGGCACCAAUAUUCUGAACGUAGAGGGGCAUCGUCUUUGUGUUGUAGAAACCGACGGCGUGUUGACAAAGCCAUACAUGAUUGAAACCCUCUCCGUUGCAGUUGGACAAAGAUUCACUGUUUUGGUAAAAUUAGAUUUGAGCACCCCCAAGGCUCGCAUAAUACAUGGCUGCGGUAAAAUGAUGGGAUAUGUGACUAAAACGCACUGGAUUGUACGACCAAAUCAAAAUACUGGCAAUGACUACGAUGGUAAUCCAAGCCAUCUACCAGGGCUAGACAAAAGUGAGAGAUAUCAUGAUUAUGUUCCACUCGAAGGGGAGCUGCUACCUUCCCCACGUCAGCAGUUUUCCCUGGACUAUUAUUACGAUGGGCAGCAGAGAGACUCGAUAGGGACAGGCUUGUACACGGUGAAUGGGGAUACCAUGGCCCAAUUUCUUCCUGAUGGAGUUUUAUUAGAGGGCGCGAGGGGUAUUCGAGACCCAAUUCAACUAGACAGCGGUGAGGUAGUUGAAAUAGCAAUCAAUUCAAUCGACCACAUGACGCAUCCUUGGCAUUUACACGGUCAUACUUUCCAAGUAAUCUCUGUGGGCAAAAAGCGCGAUGGGCCCUUAUAUUUUAACGAACGAGAGAGUGCAGCCAUGCAACGCUACCUAGCAGACGUUGCAUCCUGGGAGAACAAGGUUCCAAUGACGCGAGAUACUAUCAACAUACCCGGCAGUUCUUACGCGGUGAUUCGCUUCAGAGCCAAUAACCCGGGUUUUUGGCUAUUGCAUUGUCACGUAGAAUGGCAUAUGGCCAAAGGCCUGGGUGUGGUUCUGGCUGAAGGUGACCCCAGAGUGGAGAGUGUGGCUAGUGCUUUUGAAAGAAGCUAUUCUAAUGCCGGCGGGCCGGCUACCUCCGAAGUUUCGGAUCCUACCAUGGAUGGGCAGUCCGGGGCAUUGUCAUCAAAAUGGAAAGUUUUGCUCAUUUACAUUAUGAUUAUGUGCAUAUUUAAUGGUAGUAUCUGGUUGUUUUUCUUUCGCUAA